CAGGUAUGACCCCUCUCACCUUUAGCUAGACCGUUCUUCCAUGGUGGACUCGUCACCCAGGCAAGGGUGGACACACCCACAAGCCCCCACCGGCCUCGCUAUAAACACUUUAGACCUGCGGUGAGAGAUUUAUUGGAAGAAAAACCCACAACUGGAAGCAAACCACGACUGAAGAUGAGGGAACAGCAGCAAGUGAACCAGCCCGAGGACUGAGAGCACUGACUGGAGAGAAACCCUUCUGACUCAGGAUUUCCAUUGAUUCAGUCAGGAGCAAGUCUGGAGUGCUCAGGGGAAAUACUCAUGUUACCUGUGGUUAUUGUGGCGAUGCAGAAGUUGCUGGAGAAUUUACAAGUGCGAAGUGAUAUUUGGAAAUCUGACAUUUUAAAGUGUAAUUUAGCAAGCAAAUCGCAUAUGGACAAAGUGCAAAAGCUCUGGUUAAAUAUGACAAGGAAUUUGUCUAUGGGAAUCUCGAACACAACACGCCAGUUUUGCUGUCUCUGUCCAGAUAUUUAAGAAGAGGAGCAAGGGAUUCACUCAGUCAUUUCAACUGAAGGUACAUCAGCAAGUUCACACUGGACAAGGCCAUUCACCUGUUGUAAGUGUGAGAAGGGAUCCAGUCAGUUAUCCCACUUGUGGACACACCAGUCAGGUCACACUGGGCAGAGGCUGGUCAUUUGCUGAAUUUGUGGGGAAUGGUUCACUCGAUCAUCUAACCGAAUGGCACACCAGCAUGUUCACACUGGAGAAAUGCCGUUCACCUGCUCAGACUGUGGGAAGGGAUUCACAAAAUCAUCUCAACUACUGAGACACCAGUCAGUUCACACUGGGCUGAGGCUGGUCAUUUGCUGAAUUUGUGGGGAAUGAUUCACUCGAUCAUCUAACCAAAUGGCACACCAGCAAGUUCACACUGGCGAGCGGCCGUUCACCUGCUCUGACUGUGGGAAGGCAUUCACUAUAUCAUCUCACCUACUGAGACACCAGUCAGUUCACACUGGCGAGCGGCCGUUCACCUGCUCAGACUGUGGGAAGGCAUUCACUAUAUCAUCUCACCUACUGAGACACCAGUCAGUUCACACUGGCGAAUGGCCGUUCACCUGCUCAGACUGUGGGAAGGGAUUCACUUGCUCAUCUAACCUGAAGGAACGUCAGAGAGUUCACACUGGAGAGAGGCCAUUCACCUGCUCAGACUGUGGGAAGGGAUUCACUUCUUUGUCCCAACUGAAGGUACAUCAGCGAGUUCACAGUGGAGAGAGGCCGUUCACCUGCUCAGACUGUGGGAAGGGAUUCACUUCUUCGUCCCAUCUGAAGGUACAUCAGCGAGUUCACACUGGAGAGAGGCCGUUCACCUGCUCAGACUGUGGGAAGGGAUUCACUUGCUCAUCUAACCUGAAGGAACAUCAGCGAGUUCACACUGGAGAGAGGCCAUUCACCUGCUCAGACUGUGGGAAGGGAUUCACUUCUUCGUCCCAUCUGAAGGUACAUCAGCGAGUUCACACUGGAGAGAGGCUGUUCACUUGCUCAGACUGUGGGAAGGGAUUCACUUCUUCGUCCCAACUGAAGGUACACCAGCGAGUUCACACUGGGGAGAGGCCGUUCACCUGCUCAGAAUGUGGGAAGGGAUUCACUUGCUCAUCUAAACUGAAGGUACAUCAGAGAGUUCACACCGGGGACUGGCCGUUCACCUGCUCAGACUGUGGGAGGGGAUUCACUUCUUCGUCCCAACUGAAGGUACAUCAGCGAGUUCACACUGGGGAGAGGCCGUUCACCUGCUCGGACUGUGGGAAGGGAUUCACUUACUCGUCCCAACUGAAGGUACAUCAGCGAGUUCACACUGGAGACAGGCCAUUCACCUGCUCAGUCUGUGGGAAGGGAUUCACUCGGUCAUCCACCCUAAUGGCACACCAGCGGGUUCACACAGGGGAGCAGCCGUUCACCUGCUCAGAAUGUGGGAAGGGAUUCACUUGCUCAUCUAAACUGAAUGAACAUCAGCGAGUUCACACUGGAGAGAGGCCAUUCACCUGCUCAGACUGUGGGAAGGGAUUCAGUAAAUCAUCUGACCUACUGAGCCACCAGUCAGUUCACACUGGCGAGCGGCCGUUCACCUGCUCAGACUGUGGGAAGGGAUUCACUUGCUCAUCUGAACUGAAGGUUCAUCACCGAGCUCACACUGGGGAGAGGCCGUUCACCUGCUCAGACUGUGGGAAGGGAUUCACUCGACCAUCCCACCUACAGUUGCACAGGUCUGUUCACACUGGGGAGUGGCCGUUUACCUGCUCAGUCUGUGGGAAGGGAUUCACUUGCUCAUCUAAACUGAAGGAACACCAGAGAGUUCACACUGGAGAGAGGCCAUUCACCUGCUCAGACUGUGGGAAGGGAUUCACUUCUUUGCCCCAACUGAAGAUACAUCAGCGAGUUCACACUGGAGAGAGGCCAUUCACCUGCUCAGAGUGUGGGAAGGGAUUCACUAAAUCAUCCUACCUACUGAUCCACCAGUCAGUUCACAAUGGCGAGUGGCCGUUCACCUGCUCAGACUGUGGGAAGGGAUUCACUCAGUCAUCUAAACUGAAGUUACAUCAGCGAGUUCACACUGGGGAGUGGCCAUUCACCUGCUCUGAAUGUGGGAAGGGAUUCAUUAAAUCAUCCCACCUACAGUUGCACAGGUCUGUUCACACCGGGGAGAGGCCGUUCACCUGCUCAGACUGUGGGAAGGGAUUCACUUGCUCAUCUAAACUGAAGAUACAUCAGCGUGUUCACACCGGGGAGAGGCCAUUCACCUGCUCAGUGUGUGGGAAGGGAUUCACUCGGUCAUCUGAACUGAAGGUACAUCGGCGAGUUCACACUGGGGAGAGGCCGUUCACCUGCUCAGACUGUGGGAAGGGAUUCACUAAAUCAUCUCACGUACUGAGACACCAGUCACUUCACAGUGGCGAGCGGCUGUUCACCUGCUCAGACUGUGGGAAGGGAUUCACUUGCUCAUCUCAAAUGAAGGUACAUCAGCGAGUUCACACUGGAGAGAGGCCAUUCACCUGCUCAGACUGUGGGAAGGGAUUCACUUGCUCAUCUAAACUGAAGGAACAUCAGAGAGUUCACACCGGGGUCUGGCCGUUCACCUGUUCAGACUGUGGGAAGGGAUUCACUUGCUCAUCUAAACUGAAGGUACAUCAGAGAGUUCACACCGGGGUGUGGCAUUUCACCUGCUCAGACUGUGGGAAAGGAUUCACUUCUUCGUCCCAACUGAAGGUACAUCAGCGAGUUCACACUGGAGAGAGGCCAUUCACCUGCUCAGACUUAGGGAAGGGAUUCACUUGCUCAUCUGAACUGAAGGUACAUCAGCGAGUUCACACUGGGGAGAGGCCGUUCACGUGCUCAGAGUGUGGGAAGGGAUUCACUAAAUCAUCUAACCUCCUGAGCCACCAGUCAGUUCACACUGGCGAGCGGCCUGCUCAGACUGUGGGAAGGGAUUCAGUUGCUCAUCCCAACUGAAGGUACAUCAGCGAGUUCACACUGGGAGAGGCCGUUCACCUGCUCAGUGUGUGGGAAGGUAUUGACUCAGUCAUCUCAUCUACAGACACACAGGCGAGUUCACACAGGAGAGAGGCCGAUCAGCUGCUGAGACUUUGGGAAGUAAUUCUAUCAGCAAAAUCAACCAAAUGUGCAUCAUUGAGUUCACAGUGGGGAGAGGCCGUUCACCUGCUGUGAAUGUGGGGAGCGAUUCACUCAGGUCAUUUAACCUUAUGUAACUCUUGCUUCAGCUAGCAACUUAAUAUAGGGGGUGAUAGCCCCUGAGCUUGGCCAAACCUAAGAAAUCUCGUUUGUGUGAAUGCUGCAUGAUGUGUCCCCUGUUACAAAUCAGUACCCCAAAAAUAACAAAUGGUACACAAUAUGCGAUUAAACAAUUGAGCUAUUUAAUUCUUACUUUGACUAUGGGAUUAGUAAAGGAAACAAAUAAAGGUAAAAGGGCCCUUUCUCUCCAUUUGUGUCUUCUCAUCUCUCCCUGGCAAAAGACCGUGAAAAUCUACCUUCCAGACUCACAGGAAAGGACAAUAUCUUUAUCAUUGGAUAGCUAGGCACUCCAAAACCCUGUUAUUUCUAGUCAUAAGCUAAACAUUGCUGCUGCAGAGAAAUCAUUAGCUCAGCAGUGAAAUAUAACACAGACACCAUUACAUUAGCAGUGAAAUCUCACAGCCUGUUACAUUUGUGACACACUACCAGCUUCACACAGUGGAAAAAGUUUCAAUAAGUUGCAUGCUGGAUAUUUGUCCAUCACUGUUGCUAAAGCUAUUUUGAGAGUGACUAUCAAUGCUGAACUCUGCAAUUAUUGCUGCUGCUCACUGCAUUCAGUUCUGGGCACAGGAGGAGUUUCUUCUACUGCAUAUUCACCUUUAAUGGGACUGGAGUUUAAUAUUGACGGGGGUGGCGUGUGGCCAGUAAAGAAGUGGAGCUUUGAGGCUUUGGCUCAAGUAGUUUUGGCAGAUGGAUUGUGCAAUCAAGUCAAUCAAGAUGUGAAUAGCUCCUGGAGGCUACGCCUGUCUGUGAAUGGAGUAACAUCAGUUUCUGAGCUGCUAGUUUUGUCCCUUUCCCCCUAGUUUAAACCAAAUUUAAUAUCUUGAGUUGCUGAUUUUUGAAGGGGAACAAUAUGUCUUUGAGGAGUGGGAAAUACUUGUCUGAACCUAGUGAUAAAGGCAACGGGAAAGGAAAGAUGCAAAAGGAAGGAUCUGAUGAAAUGCCAUUGUGGGCUGAAGAUAUGGCUUUGAAACAGUUCAUUUAAAGACUAACUUAAAAAGAAUAGUAAUGAAAUGAUGUCAUUUCUGGGAAAACUUAAGGAUCUGGAAGCUCAAGUCACUACACAGAAAGAGGAAUUGAAGAUAAUUAAGCAAAAAUUGCUUGAAAGUAAAAUGAAGUAAAACUCGUUUGGAAAGAUAUCUAAAUAAUAUUAUAGACCUCGAAACUACGUCUUGCCGAAGGAAUAUACAAAUUGUUGGGCUGCAGGAAGGCGUUGAAAAUGGAGAUUUAACUGCUUACAUUGCUUUCAGUUUGUCUUUCGAAUUCGAUGAUGCCAUCCUAGCCCACCCACCUUGGCACCUGUCUCAGACAUCAUUGCAGAAUUCAGACUUUGUUAGUUUCAUUGAGAAACAGGUAAAAUAUUUUUUUUUCUUUUUGAUGUUUUAGGGGGUACAUCUAAAUUAAUCAUAUGGGAUACAUUUAGAGCAUUUUAAGGUGGUCAGAUCAUUUCUUAUUCUAACCUGAAAAAAACAGACUAAAUUAGAAUUAGAUAUGAUUACAAAACAAGUUAAAGUCCGAUAAUACUUAUGCAAUUUCCCGUAAUAUUGACUUAUUUAAACAAAGGAUGGAACUUAAAUCACAAUAUAAUUUAUUAUUAACUCAUCCUAUUGAAGGCUAUUUGCUUAAGCUAAAAAGUCAAUAUUAUAUGUUUGAGAUAAAAAUAAUAAACUGCGUGUCAAUUAAAAACGGCCAGAGCCAAAAGGCAAAUUUUGAAAAUCUGUAAGGAAGUUUGUACCCUUGCUUGGGAAUAUGAAGACAUUAAUAAGAUUUUUAUACUGAACUUUAUAAAUCUAAAUUUCCUGUCGAUUCUUCUAAAAUGAAUUUUUUUUUACGAAAGAUUGUUUUUCCUCGAAUUUCUGUUAAGAAUCAAAAACCUCUUGAUGCCCAAAUUACCAAAGCCAAAAUUCAUAAAGCUAUUUUUUCAAUGUCAUCUGGUAAGGCCCCUGGACUUGAUUCGUAUCCUGUAGAACUUUAUUAAAAAAUUGGAAAAUUGCUCUCUCCGUAUAUGUAGGAAAUGUUUAAGGACUCUUUUGUGAAAGGCGAUUUACACUUUGUUUUUUAUGACACUUCUAUUGCUUUAAUUCUUAGAAAGGAUAAAGGUCCUUCUGAUUGUGCCUCAUAUAGACCUAUUUCAUUAUUGAAUGUUGACGCUCAGAUCCUGUCAAAGAUAAUGGCCAAUUGGUUGGAAACUUUUAGGGUAAAGUUAUUUUUAAAGAUCAAACAGGCUUUAUAAACGGCCGUUAUAUCUUUUCAAUGUUUGGAGAUUAUUUAACAUUAGAUACCCAUCUUCUGUUAAAACUCAGUAAUGUGUCAUCUCUUUCGAUGCUGAAAAAGCAUUCAAUCGAGUUGCAUGGAAAUAUUUAUUUAAUGUUUUCGAGAAAUUUGGUUUUGGUGUUAAUUUAAAUAAUUGGAUUAGAAUGAUAUAUAAAACUCCUAUUGCCUCUGUUAUUACUAAUAAUUGUAGAUCUCUUUUUUCAACUUUCACGGAGGACAAGACAAGGUUGUCUAUUAAGUCCUUUGUUAUUUAAUUUAAAAUUAGAAUCCCUUGGUAUCACUCUUCGUGAAGCUAAAGAUAUUCAUGGGAUUCUUGUGAAGGAGAUUUCUGUUUACGCUGACGAUUUUCUGGUUUAUGUAUCUAAUCCAGAGGAAUCUCCCUGCCUUGCUAAAUUUAUUUCAUGAAUUUGGAGAUUUUUCAGGAUAUAAAAUAAAUUUUAAUAAAAAUGAACUAUUUCCUUAAUGAAUCUGUUUCUGAAUAUGAUAAUACUCCUUUCAACAUUAUGGAUUUUUUUAGAUAUUUAUGUGUUAUAAUCUCUAAAAAAAAUAAGGAUCUUUACAAAGCUAAUUUUGUUCCCUGAGUAGAUUCUAUGAAGUAUUUAUUUAGUGGAUGGAACCCACUUACAUUUCCACUUGUUGGUCACAUCCUUAUAGUCAAAAUGCUGAUUUUACCAAAAUUUUUAUAUUUUCUGAAUAUCCCUGUUUUUUUGAUGAUGUGUUUUUGAUCGGAUUGAUUCUAUUAUCUCAUCUUUUAUAUGAAAUGAUAACAGAACAAGAAUUAGUAAAUGUUACUUACAAAAAUUGAAAAAGGAUGGAGGUCUUACUUGGCCUUAUUUAAGAAUGUAUUACUGGGCUGUUAAUGUGCAAUGUAUGUCCUUUUGGUUACACUGGGUUGAUAAGAAUGAACGGCCAAUUUGGGUUGAUCUGGAAUUGAAAGCUGUGAAACUGUUUUAUUUAACCUCGGUAUUGGGAGCUGCUUUACAAUUGGCUAAAGUUGCUAAUUAAAAUUUAGACCCUCUGAUUAAGUAUUCUUUACAAAUUUGUCUCCAGUUCUGUAAUUUUUUAAUCUAAAAAAAAUUAUACUUUAUAGUUUAAUUUAUUAUAAUUUUUUAAAGCAUUCUUUGAGUGAUCCAAUUUUUUUACUUUGGAAAAUAAAGGUAUUAAUUCUU